AUGAUUGAAGAGCUCCUUGAGGGCAUGACGCCUGGACAGGCCAUUCUGUGGUCUCUAGGCGUAUUUACCGUGGUCUUGAUGCUUCGGAGAAUUCAGACUCAGAUCCAGAUCUCGCGCCUCGGUGCUAGGGCGCCCAAGGUUUCAUUUCGUCUUCCAUACGCCCUCGACUUUAUCUACAAGGGCCAGAUCGCCAACCUUGCACACAACGACCUUCAGUUCUGGGGGGACACCAUCAUGUCCGCUGGAGGCAAAACAAAUGUCAAGACUGCCGAGGUCGAUGCUGGUGUCUCGACACGAGCGAUAAUGACCUUGGACCCGGAGAAUAUCAAGGCGCUAUUGACUGGCCAAUUUGCCGACUAUGGAAAAGGUGAGCCUUUCCAUCGGGAUUGGAAAGAAUUCUUAGGCGACAGUAUUUUCGCUACAGAUGGUGAAAUGUGGUCGCGCUCGCGCCAGCUAAUCCGGCCUAUGUUCGUCCGAGACCGCAUCGUCGAUACGGAGAUCUUUGAGAAGCAUGUCCAGAAGCUCAUUCCACUUCUCGGCGGAAGCCAAUCUCCUUUUGGAAGCAAGGUGGUCGACGUUGGAUCGCUCUUCUUCCGAUAUACGCUCGAUGCAGCUACAGACUACCUGCUAGGCCAGGGCACUGAUAGCUUGGAAAACCCGGCGACACGCUUUGCGGAAGCUUUCAGAUAUGUGCAACAACGACAAGCCGAGUUGUUCCGAUUUGGCGUCUUCAACUUUGCCAUGUCGCGCAAAGAGUUCCGCCGCAAUUUGAAGAUCAUGGACCAAUUCAUUCAGCCAUACAUUGAAACUGUACUAUCUUUAUCGACCGACGAACUGGACCAGAAGCUCUCAAAGCGUGAGACAUUCCUCGAUGCCCUGGCUCGCUUCACUCGCGACCCAAGAGUCCUCCGAGACCAACUGGUCGCCGUGCUCCUCGCAGGCCGAGAUACAACCGCCGGAACACUAUCCUUCUGUCUCUUCGAAUUAUCUCGCAACCCCGAAGUCAAAUCCGCGGACGUCUCAGGCGUCGGCGCCGACGCUCAGAAACCCGAAUACACAGACCUCAAGGAGAUGAAAUACCUCAACGCGGUCAUCAACGAGACAAUGCGCGUCUACCCUGUCGUUCCGUUCAACGUGCGCUACUCACUCCGCGACACGACCCUCCCUCGCGGCGGUGGUCCAGACGGCCAAGAGCCCGUCGGUGUCCGCGCGCACUCGCGAGUCAUCUACUCAACUAUGCUGAUGCAGCGCGAUCCCGAUCUUUACGAUGGACCAGAAUCGAAGAAUUAUUUCGAUCCAGGCAAAUGGAUUCCUGAGCGCUGGGUUUCCGGAUGGUCGCCGAAGCCGUGGCAGUUUAUCCCGUUCAAUGGUGGUCCACGUAUUUGCAUCGGGCAGCAGUUCGCGACUAUUGAGAUGGGAUAUACCAUUAUUCGGAUCUUGCAGGCUUACGAGCGGAUUGUGGCGCUGCCGGUCAGCGGAAAGGAUCGCGUCGAGGAUCCCGUUCUGCGCUUUGAAGUUACCUUGAGUCCUGGGUCGGAGUUGAAUUGUGUCUUCUUGAAGGAGGGAGAGGACUUUACUCGGCUUGGUUCUAAAGCUAAGGUUGCUGCUUGA